GCCUUCGUUGUGGCCGCCUACCUGCAGCGCCACCUGCGCACCCACCGCACACCCGAGCCGCGCCCUCCGGCCUGCCUGCUGCUGCGGGAGGGGCUGGCCCCGCCGCCCGCAACCCCCCGCAAGGUGCUGCUGCUGCCUGGCCCCACCAAGCCUGCCCAGGUGCCUGCCCGGGCUCACCUGGCACAGGUGGGGAAGGGGCUGCACACCUGGCAGAGCGUCCUGGUGGUGCCACCUGGGGCAGGGCAGGAGGGGGCAGGGACGAGUGUGAUCGUGCUGAGGGGCGGGAUGGGGCCUGCAAGUGUGCAGGUGGCUGAGGCGGCAGGUGUAGCAACAGGUGUGACAGGUGUGGUAGGGGUCACAGGUGUGACAGGUGGGGCAGGGGGGGCAGGUGUGCAGCUCCUCCAGGCUGCUGAGAUGACAGGUGUGGUGGGUGUCACAGGUGUGUCAGCUGUGUCAGGGGUCACAGGUGUGGCAGGUGUGACAGGUGUGGCAGGGGUCACAGGUGGGACAGGUGUGGCAGGGGUCCCAGGUGUGCAGCUCCAGGUGUUGCCAGAGGUCACCAACGUCCAGGUGCAGGGCAGGGAGGUGACAGGAGUGAGAGGUGUGACAGGUGUGGCAGGGAUGACAGGUACCACAGGUGUCAUGGGGGUGAGAAGUGUGACGGGUGUGACCGGUGUCACAGGUGUGACAGGUGUUGCAGGUGUCACAGGGGUGCAGCUUCAGGCCACUGAGGUGACAGGGGUGCCAGGUGUGCCAGGGGUGCCAGGUGUGACAGGUGUGACAGGAAUGCCAGGUGUCACAGGUGUGCCAGGGGUGCCAGAUGUCACAGAUGUCACAGGUGUGACAGGGAUGACAGGUGUCACAGGUGUUGCAGGUGUGACAGGGCUGCAGCUCCAGGUGCUGCAGGCGCCCUCCGAGGUGACCAAAGUCCAGCUCCAGGUGUUGCCGCCACCACCUGAGGUGACCAAUAUCCGGCUCCAACCGCUGCCACCGCCCUCAGGUGUCACCAGAGUGCAGCUCCAGGUGCUGCCACCUCCACCUGAGGUCACCAAAGUCCAGCUCCAGGUGCUGCCACCACCCCUGGAUGUCACCUGUGUCCAGCUCCAGGCAGGUGAGGUGGCCAAUGUCCAGCUCCAGGUGUUGCCACCGCCCCCUGAGGUGACCAAUGUCCGGCUCCAGACACAGCCACCGCCCUCAGGUGUCACCUGUGUCCAACUCCGAGCAGGUGAGGUGGCCAAUGUCCAAGUCCAGGUGCUGCCACCACCGCCUGAGGUGCCCAGUGUUCAUCUCCAGGCCACCGAGGUGACCAAUGUCCAGCUCCACACGCUGCCACCACCCCUGGAUGUCACCAGUGGUCAGCUCCAAGCAAGGGAGGUGACCAGUGUCCAGCUCCAAGUGCCGCCACGGCCCUCAGAUGUCACCAACGUCCAGCUGCCACCGCCCUCCCAGGUGACCAACGUCCGGCUCCAGGUGCUAUCACCACCACCUGAGGUGACCAGUGUCCAGCUCCAAGCAAUGCCACCGCCCUCCCAGGUGACCAAUGGCCACCUCCAGGUGCUGCCAACACUGCCUGAGGUGCCCCCUGUCCACCUGGAGCCCAUAGAGGAGGUGCCCAGUGUCCACCUGGAAACCUUGGAGGUGCCCAGCGCUCACCUGGAGACCUCAGAGGUGCCUAGUGCCCACCUGGAGACUUUGGAGAUGCCCCCUAUGACCCUGGAACUCACCACGGAGGUGCCCAGUGCCCACCUAGAAGCGAUGGAAGUGCCCAACAUCCACCUGGAAACCUUGGAGAGGUGCCCAGUGCCCACGUGA